CGCCCCGCGGAAGCCCCGCCGUCGCAAAGUGUCGCUCUGCCCUGCCCUGCUCCGCACUACGCGGCCGGGCGCCGCGGGCCGUGCCCGGAGCCGAGAGCGGCCGCCAUGGGCGGCGGGCGCUGAGCGCGGCCCGAUGGAGGAGGAGGAGGAGAGCAUGGAGGAGGAAGGCGGCGGCGGAGGAGGAGGAGGAGGAGACGCCGCGAUGGACGACCAGAACCACAACAACUGGGGCUCCGGCGGCGGCUACGAGCGGCACCUGCUCGGGGACCGGCUCCUGCACGGCCCCGCCGGGUCCCCGCCGCUGCCCGGGGCGGCCGAGGCGGCCCACAGGGGGGCGGCCGGGCCUGCGGCCGGCGCCGGGGCCAUCGCCGCCGCCAUCAACAUCAACGCCUCCACCUCCAAGUUCCUAAUGAAUGUUAUAACGAUUGAAGACUAUAAGAGCACAUAUUGGCCAAAGUUGGACAGUGCCAUAGAUCAGCUUUUAACUCAGAGUCCUGGUGACUACAUCCCUAUCUCCUAUGAACAAAUAUACAGUUGUGUGUAUAAGUGUGUAUGCCAGCAGCAUUCGGAACAGAUGUAUAGUGACCUAAUAAAAAAGAUAACUAACCACUUAGAGAGAGUCUCAAAGGAGCUGCAGGCCAGCCCUCCAGAUCUCUAUAUUGAAAGAUUUAACGUAGCUCUUGGACAGUAUAUGGGAGCAUUGCAGAGCAUUGUGCCUCUUUUCAUAUAUAUGAAUAAAUUUUACAUAGAAACCAAGCUUAACAGAGACUUAAAAGAUGACCUUAUAAAGCUGUUUACGGAACAUGUUGCAGAAAAGCACAUUUACAACCUAAUGCCUUUACUUUUGGAAGCUCAGUCAACACCGUUUCAAAUAACUCCGUCAACCAUGGCAAACAUUGUGAAAGGCCUGUAUACACUAAGACCAGAAUGGGUACAGAUGGCACCAGCUUUGUUUUCCAAAUUCAUCCCAAACAUUCUGCCCCCGGCAGUGGAAUCUGAGCUUCAAGAAUAUGCUGCUCAAGACCAGAAACUUCAGAGAGAACUUAUGCAGAAUGGAUUUGCUAGAGGUGACCAGUCACGCAAGAGAGCUGGAGAAGAGUUAACUUACAAUGGCUCAUCAACUUGUGCAGGCUCCAGGGGGUACAGAUAGUGAAAAUACUGGAUCAACUUCUAUUCCUAACCAGAACAGACACUGGAGGAGCACAGGAGGUAACUGGAGCCUCCUUUGGCAACUGCUGAUACUCAAGCUCUGACACGAACUAUGCCUCGAAGAAGAGUUUUGGACUUUCUUCUUUAUAUCAUAAAAUGUCAGUUGCUGCUAUAAUUGGGAUGACUUUGAAAGACAUGUUUCCUUGGUCUAGUCUCUCAACAAGUUCAUGCUCUACGAUUAUUGUGAGGAACGCACCUUGAAAAAUGAUCCUUUCAAAGUGGGAAUGGGCAGCCGAAAUCAGCAGCUUCCAAAAGCGUUAGAAUGGAAGAACCUUUUUUGCACUCUUUUCUUAAUAUUAAGGACAUUCUUAAAACUAGUUAACACGUCAGUGUAUUAGUUUUUAAACUUCAAGGUAUUUUCUGGAUCUUUUACUUUAAUAAUAAGAAUAAAGUUUCAUUAUUUUGCAGUAUUUGUUCAUUAGUGUAAAAAUUGUCACCUUUUAAGAGUUGGUCCCGUAUGUAUCUUCUGUCAGGGAGUUUUAAAUUCCAGGUUUUUCUUUUUUCUUUAUUUGUUACUUGUUACUUUGAACUCCGUUUUCCUAUGUGUUUGUACUCUGUGCCUUCAGCUUGUGCACUUUGCAACUUUAUAGACCAUACUUUGUUACUGCAAAAUGUGUUCUUGAGGAAAAACUUGAUGUGAACAAACAUGCUGCAAAGUUGCACUUUUCUCUUGCAUCGAUGGGAGGUGAAUUUAAGGAAGAAGAAAGAAAAGUUGGACCUAUUACCAUCAGUAAUAGUGGCUUGGAAGUUUGUCCCUUUUCAUUUUUCAUAUGUAUUAGUGUCUAAUGCUGGGACCAACUCUUGUAAAACCCCUCUCUAACUUUUCAUUGGUUUCCAUAAUUGCAACAGGUUGAGAUGUGAAUUCGAGACUAAAGGAAAUACUAAAUUGUUGUGCUGUGUUAUGUAGAAACAUUAGCUGCCAAGGCUAAAUUUUUUUUAGGGUGGAUUGUGGACAAAAUUCUCCAGUCUAGUAGGUCUGCAAAGUGCAUCUCUGUCAGCCGAAACCAGCUUUGCACCUGAUCAGUGAAUGAUGGCACCUGUCCAAGAUCACUUUGUGGCUCCUGCGCCACUGCUUCAGGGACACGAUGGGGGUGUGAUAGUGGAAGUAGUCAGAAUCAGGGAGUUCGAGAGUGGUGUAAUGCGUGCACAUGUACCUAUCAGCCUCCUGCUUCCAGGCUUGUGUAAACUCAGCUGGAAGUCCAGCUGAGUCCAGUGCUGGGAGACCUUGACCUAAGGUCUGAAUGCUAAUGAUUGUGACAUGGGUUUUAAUCCGUAUAUGGCUAAUGCAAUUCCUUUAUGAGGGGAGAAAUGUACUUGAAAGAGCAGUUUGACUGUUUUUCUAUUAGUAUGGAUUUAUUUUUAUCAUCUUUAGUUAUGAAAAGAAAUAAGUUGGUAAUAUAAAGUCUUUCUGAAAUGAAGCAAAAGUUUAUUCAGUUUUGUCUUGCACGACUCUUAAGCCUGUUGGGGGGAAAAAACACAACACAGACACCAGAAACCCCUUUAUGCUUGCAUGUGUUACAUUACAAAAUGCAGGAAAAAUAUUAAUAAUAAAAAACAGAAGCGGCAGGGACAAAGUUUCAUUUUCUUUCUACUUUGUAACCAGACUUCGUGUAAAUGAGUUAAAUUCCAUCAUUUUCACACCAACUACUUUGGCAAUGCAUUUAAUUUGGAGGAAAAAAGAGAAGGAAAAGGACAUUGUUGUGAUUUGAGAGUCUGAGAUUCCAGUCUAAUUUACCUAUAAAUCAGCUUUGCAAGUAUGCAAAGAAAUAUAAUUUUGAGGAAGUUUUACUUUUAAAAGUAAAAAUGAAUCCUUGUCUUACUUUCCUUGUAGAACAAUGCCAGCAGUCUAACCCCAUACCUAACAGUAGAAAAGCAAACCACUCUGAGUAGGGAUUAUCAGAUGCUCAGAGCAUUUGUUUCAGCUUUGCUACCAGCUACUUCAGUUGCAGCAUUAGGCAGAAACAGGUGUUUUGAAAAAUUUUCCUGCAGUGCACAGUGGAGAGAAGUUGAUGAACACUAGUAGGGAACAAAAAAUGAUCUGCUGGCUUCCAGAUUUUUAUCAGCUUUGGCUUUAAACAAAAAUAAAACCUCUAGUAGCGUCCUUAGCUUUAAAAACCACUCUGUGCUGAAAUGACAAUGUUCUUGGGUUACGAGUAGAUGCAUUAACCAAAUUCGGUUAAAGUUUGUUUACAGCUUCAUGGCCGUUCACAGUAAUCAAGUUCUGUCGUCAUUGUCAAGAGAUUGCAACUCUUCUUCCUGUUUUUAAAGUGUUUUGCUGGUUUAAGUUUGUAAGUAUCAUACAGUGAGUGCUCUUGCUUCAUGGCCGAGGCAAGGGUUUUACGUGAAUGUUGUGUUGCGUUAUGCUCGGGACACAAACUUCUAGGGCAACAAUUCCUUCAGAAGGUAAAGCAUUCCUGGCGGCGCGUUCACUUCGUACGCACUACAAGUAGCGUUUGGAUGCUUCUCAGUCCUGCGUAGCAUUCUCACUUGGCCAACAUACACAAGAAAUCUGUUUGUUAAGCACUGUAUUAUGUUGUAAAUCUGGCAUUAAAACUUCUGUGCGUUUUGGCAUUAUUCACAUAAUGCUGAAAUAUUGUCUAAGCCUUUAUCAUUGUGACGGAGCAUGAAACGGAAUACAACAUACUAUACUAAAUUAUUUGUUUCUCUGUAAACUUGCAUUUUACAGUAAAACUAACUCAGCCAACUUAAGCAUUGGUACUGUAAAGCCACAAUUAUGAACAGCAUGAUCCUAACUGCAGUAUUUAAUUUAACCAAAUAACUUGUGGUAAAUCCGUUGCAUCUGUAGCUUACUCUGUUAAGAUUAAGCAGUAAAGUUGGUUAUACGAUGGGUGUCCUCUUUAUGUUGCACUGGUUCUAUAGCCAAACUUGCUACAUUAAACUAUUUUUAGACGAA